GUCAGCAGCUCCUUUAGAAAAACAUGACGUGUUUAAUACUUAUUUUCCCCACUGUACAUUUAUUUUAUUUUAACAGUGAUCUGCAUUAUUUUGCAUUCUCUAAGUGAACAAUCAGAUUCAUUAAGACCAUUCCUGCUGACUUUAGCUUAUAUCUAUAUUUCUGUCCACAGGCGUGUCUCCCCCUACUGGAGCAGUGCUGGUGUUGCACUCGUUGCUUCUUGAGUUUCCAUUGGCGAUGGCCUUCGCUGAACAGCUGCUAACCUACAGUGUAGGAGAAACCAUAGAGCGCUCUGAGGAUGAGCUGGACACGGUGCCCACUUCUGUGCUCAUUCAGGUCUUGGAGCUGCUAGAACUGUACUGAGUGAAAAGACAACCGUCCUCAAGCCAAAAUCUCCAGAGAAGACCAAACCCGAUGAAAAAGACCCUGAGAAAUCUCCUGCCAAAAAUCUUGAAGGACUCGUUCGCUAUGGAUACUCACUAUAAUCAGUCUUCAGACAACCCUCAUCACGAGUGGUCAUCGGUUGUUCUGACUUUGGACCCAGAUGUGGACGAACAAGAACUGAUUGAGUCAAUGAAACAGUUCAGCCAAAUCCACUCUUUGGAUUUUUCUUUUGAUGAAGACACUAAUUGCAGACACAUUUAUGUGACUUUUGAGCAUUCAGGACGGGACCAGCAACCAGAUCCUGUGGUCCCCACGAGCCGCUUUAUUGAGCUGAAGACACUGCUCGUGAGCAAUCUGCACCCAAUGGUCACCGAACAACAGCUUAUUGAAAAGUUUGGUGCAUUGGGGUCCAUCUCGACUGUGCAAGUGUGCAGAAACAACAUCAUCUCUCCUGCUUAUGCCUUUGUGACUUUCCAUCAUCGACGUGAUGCAGUGCGAGCACAAAAAGCUCUGAACUUCACUGAUUUACUGAAUAAACCUCUGAUCAUCAUGUGGGGCCCAGACAAGACAAUUGAGGUCCUCUCAGAUAAUGACAGCAGCUCUCCAAGACAAACAGAGGAGAGAGAGACAGCUGGAGAAACAGAGGAGAGAAAAACCAGUGAAGAAACAGAGAGAAAGGCUGCUGGAGAUACAGAGGAGAGAAAAACCAGUGGAGAAACAGAGAGAGAGGCCGCUGGAGAUACAGAGGAAAGAAAAACCAGUGGAGAAACAGAGAGAGAAACCGCUGAUAAAGUAGAGGAGAGAGCGAACAGCGAGUCUUCAUGGGGAAGAAGGAUCUCCAACAAUGUGAAAAGUGCUGUGAAAGCUGCGGUGAGCAGUCCAGCAGCCUGGGUCGGAGUCGGCAUAGGUGUCUGUGCUGCUUAUGCCUACUUCAGGAGCAGGAGCUAGUGUGGACACAUUCUAAAAGACGAGAAGGCCUGCCUCACGAUCUCCACUCAUCAUCCCCAGAGUGACCAAUCACUGCUCCAGAAAGAACUUGAUGUCCCCAGCAGGCCAAACACUUGCAAUAAAUGUGAAUUGAAUAAA